CCUGUGCCCAACCUGUUUAUCUCUACCGCUCUUCUCACUUGCAGGUUGAGGAUAAAUCCAGCUCUGCGUCGUUUACUCUAAACGUUUGACUUCUCGCUGGUUUCGCACAGGAAACUCUUCAGGCUACCAUCGUUCAUGAUUUUAUUUUUUUACUUUUUUUUCUGCGAGAGGAUUUGUUUGAGUAGUUUUCGGUCGACUGUGUGGACUUAGACCUCGGUGGGGUAUCUGUCUCAAACAAGGAAGUCCAGCCUAUUGAAAGCUGCGUUGAGGAAACUGACAGGCCCCUCUGUAAAUGACGGUAAAUGCUCGCUGUGGACGAUUCUGAAAGGCGAGUUUUAUCAUCCAUGUUGAUCCUAUAACCUUGGCUUGUGGCAAUCCUGGACUGUUUGUAGACAGUCCCAAGUAGACGGGAUAAGCUUCCACCCUCCCCCGGUCCAAGAUGAACAUUUCUUUCGAGGACAUGGAUCCAUCAGCCGAAAAUAAUUCUAUCGUUCACCUGGAUGCACCAAUUCUCCCAGACAAGUCAGACUUCUCCAAUAUGACCAUUAUACGAACAAGCAACGGGUCAAUCAUAGAGGACCAGAUGUUCUUAAACACAGUGCCUGCUCAAGCUCUCUCUGGGAUAUUUGUCUGGUCUGCCUUGCUCAUAACAUGCCUCCAGAUCUACGCACAUCUCAAAUCCUACAGCAUCCCCAAUGAGCAGCGCUACAUCAUCCGCAUCCUAUUCAUCGUGCCAGUUUAUGCCUUCGAUUCUUGGCUCAGCCUGCUCUUCAUCAGCAACGACCAGUACUACGUCUACUUUGAUUCUAUUCGAGACUGCUACGAAGCGUUUGUCAUUUACAAUUUCCUGAGCCUGUCCUUUGAGUACCUGGGAGGAGAGAGUGCAAUUAUGUCUGAGAUUCGAGGGAAGCCCAUCCAGUCAAGUUGCCUGUACGGUACCUGCUGUCUCGUUGGGAUGAGCUACUCCAUCGGCUUUUUAAGAUUCUGCAAACAGGCGACUCUCCAAUUCUGCGUUGUCAAACCCAUCAUGGCCGUCAUCACCAUCAUCCUGCAGGCCUACGGCAAAUAUCACGAUGGUGAUUUUAACGUGAAUGGAGGAUACCUGUACAUCACAAUCAUCUACAACUUCUCAGUCAGUCUGGCCCUCUACGCUCUCUUCCUCUUUUUCUUCGCCACAAGUGACCUGCUCAGGCCGUUCGAGCCAGUGCUCAAAUUCCUCACAAUCAAAUCUGUCAUCUUCCUAUCCUUCUGGCAAGGAAUGGUCCUCGCCAUCCUGGAACGCUGCGACGUCAUUCCCAACGCGCUCUUCAUCGACGGGCAAGAGGUGGGCGCCGGCACCGUGGCAGCAGGCUGGCAGAACUUUAUCAUCUGCAUCGAAAUGUUCUUUGCUGCUAUCGCGCUCCGAUACGCCUUCCCCUGCACCGUCUACCAGGAGAAGAAAAAUGAAGUGCCAGAGAGCAUGCCCCCUAUGCAGAGCAUCUCCAGUGGUCUAAAGGAGACCAUGAAUCCGGGAGAUAUGGUGCAGGAUGCCAUCCAUAACUUCUCCCCAGCGUACCAACAGUACACUCAGCAGUCCACACAAGAGGUGGUGCAGCCACACCAGAACGGAAAAACAGCCACAGGCAACAAAGGCUCCCGCAAAUCUGACAAAAUCAUGCUGAUCACAUCUGAUGAUGAGUUCUAGGCAUGUUUCCAGCGAGAUCCAGGUGUUUGUGUCCUUGCCACCCGUAGCUCUGACCCCCUGGGGAAACAGCUGUAUCACAUAUCACAAGAAGCUGGAUUGAAUCCAGGUGUUUAAUUCUCAUGAUAUAAGUGUUUAAGAUGGACUGCUUAUUUAUUUCCAGGUUUCAAUGAAUAAUUUAAGCAUCAAGAAGAGGAUGAAAUGAAUAAUAGUUUUAAAAUUGAUAGCUCAGUGACCAGAGAACUGAUCUAUCUCCAUCUCGGCACUAAUAAUCACAGGAAAAUGACAUGUCACCUUCACUGUAUCUCAGAAGUCUAGAGCUGCAAGUUUUCUGUGAAUGACGCCGCCGGAUGUUCAGAGCUGUCCCCUGAUCUUGAUUCUGUUUCUGUCAUUAUGUCAGCGCUCGCUCUCUGGCCGUCUGAUGUGUUUUCCGAUUCAUGCCAGUUUCAAAGAGGAGAUGAUUAAUAUGUGACUCUAGGUGGAAAGCAGGGAAACCAGCGAUGGCUGGGAAUGACACUUCAUGGACGGUCUCUCGCAUCUGCUUGUUUGAAGUAUUUGCUGAGCAUUCCUCUGCACGGUUUCCCGACAAAUGGAAGAAUUCAUUCAGAGACACAUUAGUUUUGGAGCAGGCACUUCAAACUGCAGACUAUCGCACUUCUGAAUCCUUUGUAUCUACCGUACCAUGGACAAAUUGGAUUAACCUGUCUCCUACAAAGAGGGAGUUGUAUUAUUCUCAUUAUUUCUCCCAGCAUGCUAAAGAUUGUAACUAGACAGCAUUUUUAGCAGCUUCUGCACUGUUGUAAAUUUUCUUGUGUUAAUAUCACUAUUUGUUAUAAUUUCACAUUCCAGGGAUUAUGAAAUUAUUUAUUACAGAAUUUAAUUGGUGUAAUGCUUAAUUGUGGUGUUGAAUAUGUUCUAUUUGUGUUCUUGAAAAAAAGUGUUUGGAUUAUUUGAAAACAUGCUUAAUAUAUAUGAUUUGCAUAGCUGAAGAAUGGUCAGAAGAAACCAAAAUCUGCUAAUGUUUAUUAAUUGAAAUGUUAUCAACUUUGUUUAUAUCACAUGAAACCAGUAGUGUCAACUCGUAGUUUAAGAUACCCACUUGUGCCAAUUAUUGCUGCCUUUCUGGGAAAGCAGAAAUGAACUUACAGUUGGGUACACAGUAAUAUUUAAACAUGUUUUGACUCAUGUUUCUUACUCUUGUUUGGCACUCAUGCAAAAAUAAAACAAUUUUGCUUGU